AUGCCAGAUGUUCCGCACAAUCUUCUGGGGGCAUGGCUUAUAAUCCCCCAAUUCAUUCGACUACCGACGUACAAACUAUUGCGAAAGAUCGGACACCAUCUUUAUGGAAGUACCAGUUCCUUGGCAGUUAGCCGUUUGCCUUUCGGUCUUUACCUAAAGUCCACUAGCGAAGGAGCUUUCAAUGAAUCCAAUGCGCUCGGUCUUAUUCACAAGUACACUUCGGUGCCAGUCCCUCGUGUGCUGGAUCUGGUAGCAGACUCGCGAAACACGUAUCUCUUGACUACAGGUCUCCGCGGCGAGCCCCUCGCUAGGGCGAUGGAUAUGCUCUCCGAUAGAGAUUGUCAGGAGUUCGUCGACCAAAUGCAAAGCUUCAUUUCUCAAAUCCGAGCAAUCCCCCCAGUCGGUCCCAAGAACCACAUAUGUAAUACUCUGGGCCAAGCAUGUAGCGACCCAAGAAUUCGAGAUGGCAACCCUAUUGGCCCCUUCGACGACGAAGCUUCUUUCAGUCAAUAUCUUCGCCAUCCCGAUGAUCCCACCUGGAGAGGUCAUCAAGUUGUAUUUACCCAUGCGGACUUGAAUCUGCGGAACAUUCUCGUGGACAAAGUCACAAGACUGGAUGGGACAAGGGGUUGGGCGGUCUCGGGGAUCGUCGAUUGGGAAAACAGUGGUUUCUACCCAGAGUACUGGGACUGUACAAAGGCGCAGUUUGAGGGAUUCAGAUGGGAUGAACGCUGGGCUAGAGCUUUGGUUGAAGUUUUCCGUCCCUUUGGGGGUUAUGCAAAGGAGAUUGAACUUGAGAAGAGAAGCUGGACUGAAGGUGAUGGCGCAUUUCGAGGCACCCCUGGCCCCUGGGGCAAAUUAGUAGAAGAUUUUUAUAAAACUUUAUAA